AUAAACAAAUAUAUAUAUACACAGACAUACAGAGAUCUUGUGAUUAUCCCAAGACAGAACACAGAGAAAGUCUUUUCCAAUUUUUUUUCUUUUUUUGUCGGAAAACUCAGAGAAUCUUUCUUUUAGGCACUAUAAUGGCUUCAGGAGGAUCAAAGUCGGCGGCUUUCAUGCUUCUGUUGCUGAAUCUUGGCCUCUAUUUUGUAGUCACCGUCAUCGCUGCCUGGGCUGUUAAUCACGGCAUCGAGAGAGCUCGCGAGUCCGCGUCGGUGCUCUCUCUCCCGGCGAAGAUCUUCCCGAUAUACUUCCCGGUGGGGAACAUGGCGACUGGUUUUUUCGUAAUAUUCUCGUUGAUCGCCGGGGUCGUCGGAAUGGCGACGUCACUCAGCGGGAUCAUGAACGUUCUUGAGUGGGACUCUCUGAAUCUCCACUCCGCCGCCGCUUCCUCUCUCGUCUCCUGGUCGCUCACUCUCCUCGCCAUGGGAUUGGCUUGUAAAGAGAUCAACAUCGGCUGGACCGAAGCCAAUCUAAGAACUCUUGAAGUGUUGACAAUAAUUGUAAGUGGUACUCAAUUGUUGUGUACCGGAGCCAUUCACGUCGGAGCUGGAGAAACAGCUGCCGGAGAAAGGCCUCAUGCGGGAAGGGUUUGAGUUUCUAAACUUAAAGAGAUACAUAUUGGUUUGAUUUUCUUAUUUCAAGCGUGCAGUUUACUCAAAACAAGAGUUUGUGAUCGUGUAAUCUACUGUGUGUUGAUUGUUUUAUUCGUCUAGUUUUUUCUAUUAUAUUCCUUGAUUGUAUACGACGCUAUCUGAAACUAAGGAAGUGUUAUCAUGCAAAAACAAUUGUUGAAUUAGUGUCUCUUAUAUCAAACAAAAAAGUUAUUGAAA